AUGAACAAGAGUUUAAGAGUAGUCAGUCUGCUACCUUCAGCUACCGAAACGCUCACCGUUAUUUCCAAGGCAGCGGCGUCCUUACUAGUGGGACGGUCACAUGAGGAUGACUAUCCAAAAUCCAUCACACAUCUGCCAAUUCUAACUGGAAGUCGCAUUCAGUUCACUGCAGCCGAAGUGGAUAAACAAGUCUCAAGUGAGAUCGGAUCGGGUAGAAGUCUAUAUAACCUUGAUGUCGAGAUGUUGAAGAGCCUGAAGCCAGAUAUUGUCCUGACGCAGGACUUGUGUGAAGUUUGUGCGAUUGACCUUGUUACAGUUGAACGAGUCGCCAAGCAAAUGAACCCAAUACCAAACAUAAUAUCCUUAAAUCCACAGUCUCUCGACGAAGUCCUAAACGAUAUCUUGGUUGUGAGUAGAGCAAUCGGUAUGGAAGAAGCUGGAAGCAAGUGUUGGUCUGAUUUGACCCAACGCAUCCAAACUGCUGUCGGUCGGGCAGACAAAUUCCUAGCUUCGUCCCAAAGGAAGAAUGUCGCUUUUAUAGAAUGGUCAGACCCAAUUUUCAUCGGCGGACAUUGGACUCCUCAGCUCAUCCAUAUGGCUGGAGGCAGUCAUCCGCUUAACCCAACCAAAAAUGCUACAAGUGGAGCUGGAAAAUCGUUUAGAAUUACGCAUGAACAACUCGUCGCAUCCAAACCAGAAGUCUUGAUAAUAGCGCCAUGCGGCUUGAAUCUUGAAGAAACCAAACGGGAAACUGCAUUGUUACAAGCAAUGCCUGUUUGGCAGCAACUGAAGAAAACCGUUACGCAAGUGGCUCUUGUGGAUGGAAAUGCAUUCUUCAACCGCCCAGGACCGAGACUAGUAGAUGCUCUGGAGUUCCUAGUAGGAUAUCUCACCAACUCAGUAGAGACCAUACCCGAAACAUUCACAUGGGAAGAAAUAAAAUCUUUCUGA